GGGCCGCGGGAGAGCUGGGGGUGGGCUCUCAGGGGACAGCAGGCUGCCCCCCAGAUCCGCAGCGCCGGCCGCCGGGAGCUCCGGGCUCCGGGCGCAGAGGCUGCGCUGUCACAUGGGCGGCGGCGACGGGGCCGCAUUUAAGCGGCCAGGGGACGGCGCCCGCCUGCAGCGUGUCCUCGGGCUCGGCUCCCGGCGGGCGCCCCGCUCCCUGCCCUCCGGGGGCCCCGUACCACCCCCGGCUGGCCAUGCGAGCGCGGGCCCCGCCGCGAUGAGCUCGCACAUCGCCAAGAGCGAGUCCAAGACGUCGCUGCUCAAGGCGGCGGCGGCCGCGAGCGGGGGCAGCCGGGCUCCCCGCCACGGCUCUGCACGGGACCCCGCGCUGCGUGGCCGCCGACUGACCGGUCCCUGCCCCAGCUCGCCGCCACCGUGCGGGGACCCCAGCUCGCGGAGGCCCCUGUGCCGGCCCGUGCCGCGCGACGAGGGCGCGCGCGGGAGCCGGCGUGGGCUGCCCCAGGCGCACUGCAGGCCCCGGGAGACGCUGCCGCCGGCCCGCGGGAGCGAUGGGGAGGAACGGGGGCUGGCGCCGGCGCUCGGUCUACGGGGCUCCCUGCGAUCGCGGGGUCGCGGGGACCCGGCUCCCACCGGCGCCCCCGAGGCGGACCCGUUCCUCCACCGACUGCACCCCAUGCUCAGCUCCGCCUUCGGCCAGAUGCGCCAGGAGGAGAAGACCAGCUACAAGGUGGUCCAGACAAGUGAGGAGGGACUGGCAGCCGGCGGCGAGCUCCCGGGACCACUCAUGAUGCUGGCCCAGAACUGCGCCGUUAUGCACAACCUGCUGGGUCCUGCCUGCAUUUUUCUUCGAAAGGGUUUUGCUGAGAACAGACAGCCUGACAGAUCUUUACGGCCAGAGGAGAUUGAAGAGCUUCGAGAGGCCUUCCGAGAAUUCGACAAGGACAAGGACGGCUAUAUCAACUGCCGGGACCUGGGGAACUGCAUGCGUACCAUGGGCUAUAUGCCCACUGAGAUGGAACUCAUUGAGCUGUCCCAGCAGAUCAACAUGAACCUGGGCGGCCAUGUGGACUUCGAUGACUUUGUGGAACUAAUGGGACCUAAACUCUUGGCAGAGACAGCAGAUAUGAUUGGUGUAAAGGAACUGAGAGAUGCCUUUCGGGAGUUCGACACCAAUGGCGAUGGGGAGAUAAGCACCAGUGAGCUGCGAGAGGCCAUGAGGAAGCUGCUGGGUCAUCAGGUGGGACACCGAGACAUCGAGGAGAUUAUCCGUGAUGUGGACCUCAAUGGAGAUGGACGAGUGGACUUUGAAGAGUUCGUCCGGAUGAUGUCCCGCUGAGGCCUCCAGGGCUUCUCUAGGACUGCCAACUCCCACUUGAGGGGGAGAAAAGAGCCGAGCUCGCCUCGCUCGCUCCGCAGUAGAUGCCCAGAGCCCAGGAUGUACUGGCGGAUGGGGCCUGCCUGCACCCCGGGGAGGUGCCCACCCCGGAUCCCUACCCCUCCGCACUGUGAAAGACUCACAACUCCUGCAACUGGAAAGGGGCGCCCACCAGCGAGGAGGCCACAGUGCCAAGCCGCUAGAGGACAUGCAAGGCGCCAAAUGCCAUGUGCCCAGUCGCUGCUGACUGGCUGGGUGGGCCAGGAAGCCCGCCAGCAGACCCCACACAGCAUGUCUGCCCCGGGGCAGAGCCUUUCAGCGCCCUCCUGAGCUCUAUGCCCGUCCCAGCUCGCCUAGCCCUUUGAUCUCAGAACCAAUAAAAAACGAGA